AUGAACACCGACAAUGUUUGGAAAGUUCUGAUUGUCGGAAACAGCGGAGUAGGCAAAAGCAGCGUGUUGAUGCGCUUCGUCAGCAACGACUUCAAAGAAGACGUACUGGCCACAAUCGGCGUCGACUUCAAAAUGAAAGUGCUGAAAAUCGGCGACGAGACUCACAAACUCGCGCUGUGGGACACUGCGGGCCAAGAACGGUUCCGCGGGCUGGCGUCGAGUUACUACAAAGGCGCGCACGCGUGCAUCGUGAUGUACGACGUCGCAGACCGCGCAAGCUUUGACGCGACGCUGUACUGGAUCAAAGAAGUCAAGGACAACUGCAUGACGGACCCGCUGUUCUGCAUCGUCGGCAACAAGAUCGACCGGCGCACGCCCGAGAACCAGGCGCUCUGCAUCAGCGCAGAGGAGGGCCGCAAUUUGGCAAUGAAACACCGCUGCCUGUUCCUCGAGACCAGCGCGCUGAGCAAUGAAGGCAUUCAGACGCUCUUCAACCAACUGCCCGGAAAACUUUCUGAAAUCUUCAGCAAGGAGCGGCUAAGACCGCGUCCCGGCGUCAAGCUCAGCGAUCAGCAGCAAAAGCCGCACAGUUUGUGCCCGUGCUGA